AUGAGUCGUACAUUUAACAAUAAAAAGAAGAUGGAAGGAAGGCAGAGAAAGCUUGAAGCAGAGAUGGAGAAAAAAAGAAGAGAAGAAGAAGAGAAGGAAAAGGAGCUGGAAAAGUACUGGUCGAUCGGCGCAAAAGCUCCCGGGAGAAAAGAGAGAGAAGAGGAGAAGAGAGUUAACAAAGAGAAGAGAAAGAAAGAGCUUAGAGAGUUGUAUGAAAAGGAAAUGGAAGGUUUAUAA